AUGACGGGUGACGAGGAGAAGUUGGAGAAGAAAAAGAGGAAGAUGGAAAAGAAACAAAAGAAGAUGGUGAAGAAAAAGAAGGUGGAGGUAGAAGCUAGUUGUGAAGAUGAGGAAUGGAGUAGUAUGGAGGAGAGGGAGAUGGAGGAUGGGGAGCUGGAGCUAGAGGAGUUGGAGCAUUUUGAGGAGGAGGAGGAAGACUUGAGCAGUGCUGAAGGGGAGGAGAAGAAAGGUAAAGGAAAAGCUCCACUACCAAGGUCGAGGGACACUGCUUACAAGAAGCAACAAAAACAGGCUGCUGAGGACCAGCUUCAGGCCUCUCUGAGAAUAAGUGCCAGGGAAGCAGGAGUUGUAAGAAGCAGGAGGCAAUACCAGGCCCUGGUGGAAAGUUCUUCAGGAAUGAGGAAGAGUUCCUUGACGAUGCUAUUGCAGCUGCCAGGGAAGCCGAGUCGGCCUCCUGUUGUACUGACGAUGACGAAUCGGAGGCAGAGGAUGAGGAGACUGUAG